GAGUCUCAAAUGGCAAAGAAGUGUUCCAGUUCAACCUGUCCUCCAUCCAAAACUCCGAGCUCAUCCUCUUCGCCUCUUUUCAUUUUCUCCACAAGCGGCCCCGCCACCAACAGAGACCGUGGCGUUUCCGAAGGCCUCGCCACCCGUCCUCCGGCCUCCAGCAUCCCUAUCCUCCCUCCUCGCAGCUCCUCUUCCAUGGAUCAUCCUCAAAUUCGGCUUUUGCGGUACCGCUGGGAAACAUAACUCUGGCUCCUUUCAAGAAAGGCUCUUGGCAAACAAAGGAUGUAACUGCGGUGGUGAAACAUGCCAGGGAUGUCAAAGAGCUUGUGGUCACGGUGGAGUUUGAUAUGGGGUUUGGUGCAGCUCGGAUCCAGCAGAGGAGCCCUCCCAGCCAAGAGCGCCUCUCUCCAGCCAAUCUGCCGUAUAUUUUGGUGUACGCUGACGAUCAGGCGAUUGAUGAGCCAAACAGUGUGGCCAUGUCACUUCAGAGGUAUGGGCCUUUUCCCAUAGGGGAGGACACAUCCACCUCAGCCUCAGCUUCAAGGAUCCGGAGAGAACUUCAUCUCCAGAUCCAAACCAACGACAUCCCAGAGGUCCAGUUCAACACCUUGAAGAACCACGAACUGUGGCAGAACACGUAUUUCCCAGCUAAAGCCAAAGCAGCGGUCAAACCGGGAAGGAAGCAGGGCCAGCUGAGCAGCGAGGGCCUGAGCAAGCCCCAAGUGCUGAGCUUUGAUGAGAGGACAAUGAAGAAGGCCAGGAGGAGACAGUGGAGCGAGCCCAGGGUUUGCUCCCGGCGCUACCUCAGGGUGGACUUUGCUGACAUCGGCUGGAGUGAGUGGGUGUUGGCACCAAAGUCUUUUGAUGCCUACUACUGCGCUGGGACUUGUGGAUUCCCCAUACCUAAAGUGUCGCGUCCUUCCAAUCACGCCACCAUCCAGAGCAUCGUCAGAGCCGUGGGAAUUGUUCCCGGAGUCCCCGAACCAUGCUGCGUUCCGGACAAGAUGAGCCCCCUCAGCGUUCUUUUCCUCGACACAAGCAGGAACAUGGUGCUGAAGGUUUACCCCGGAAUGUCUGUGGAUACAUGCGCCUGUCGGUAGGGCCGGAGCCGACCGGACCGCUGGAAACUGUGAUCAAUAAAGAUGAGAGAAAGUGAGAAAGACGUAAAUGUAGACUCAGCAUGUAGCAGGAAGAACCGUGUCAGAUGGAGGAACAGUUGUGAAAUACACAUUGAGGACGAGUAAGAAAGGCUGAAGAACUUUUUUUCUGAGAUCUUGGACUUGUUGGGACUCUGCCAUGACCAGACUUUGCCUUAAGUUUUUCCUACUUUUCUAACAUUUUUUUUUAUAAAUGUCUGUCUGUACUUGGUCCACUUUCAUCUAGUUUCUCUACUCUUAAAAAAAUACUUAAGGAAGUGCCCUUAAAGAAACUUGUGUUUAUAAUUCUCUGUGUUAACUUGCUUGAUGGUGAUGGGCAGGUAGUUUUCAUUGAUCCUUAAUGAGCCUUUCUGGUCUUUUUUCAGUCUUGCUUUACAUUCGGGACAAUUCUUUUUGCCAGUUUUGACUUUGAGAAGGACUUGAUUUGCUCUGGUGUCAGCUUGUGUCGGACUCAACUGGACCUGGUUCUGGAAUCUGCUCAGACUCCUCACAAAUGGCCUAUGUGAGGAACCUGUACUGACCUUUUAGGUUCAAGUUUGAUGAGCUCAUUUGUAGACGAUCUAGGUUUCAACAGCCCCUGAAAUCUCUGGAACGUGUCUGCUGCUUGUCUUAUUUGUUGAUUUUAAGAACUGGACUUUGAUCAAACUGAUAAACUGCACACUGAAGGAGAAUUUCGGACCCAGAGGCUGCACAGUAAACAUGUUUACUUACUGCCAAAUAACCAACGAUUGCCAUGUAAAUACUGUAGUUACUAAUGCAAACUAAGUGGUACUUACUCAUAAGUGGUGUGGCACUCUGAGUGACACAUUGAACUGUUUAUCCUGCAUGAGAAGUCAUAUCUUCCUUAAGCUAUAUUUCAAUAGUAAUUUGUUUCUAUCUUGUAUAUAUUGAGUGUAUUUUGUAGAACGGUGAGCAUUGAAGCAUCAGAAGCGUCGUGUAACUCGGCUCUGCUACAUCGCAGGGUACAAAACAGUGCGUUGCUGCCACCUGCUGUGCAUUUUGUGAACGUUGAAAGGACAUUUUACUGUACCUCCUGUGGCUACAUACACACAUUAUUACAAUAUUGUUACAUAUACAAUAUUGUUUACUCAAAAUGACAUGUACAGUUUGAAAUAUGUACAGUAAUGACAGUAGAUUUCCAUAGUAACUAAAAUAUGUAUGCAUUUACAAUGAAUAAGUAUUUGGCUAAAGUGUCUUUAAAUAGUAACAUGAUGUGUUCUUUAACAGAUCAUACACAUAAUGUAAGCUUGGUGUGGAAAUAAACUGAAUUGUAUAUACAGUCAAUGAUACUGGCUAACAGGUUUUAUAAAAAAAUAAUAACAGUAUGUGUACAUUAAAGACGUAUCUUACCAUAAAUUACUGUAUUUCAGACGUAUACCUUAGAAUAUGUUAUAUUAGAUUGCAUAUAUGUUAUUUAAUGUUAUGAUAUUUUGGUUUACUGAUGUAUCAAGAUAUUCUUGAUUUUUAUUAAUUAAAUAACACAUUUGGACCAUGA